AUGGCAGAAUUGUACAUCCGAAAAGGCAAAGACUGUUAUAUAUAUAAAACUUAUUGAUUAUACACAGGUAGCAUUUGGUUAUUUGAAAUAUUAAUCACUGCUUAUUAUAUUAUUGAAUUAUUGACCUAUUAUGAAAUAUUUGUAAUGCACAUUUUUAAAUCAGAAAGAAAAGAAAAGUCCAAAAAAUUUUAAAUAGAAAAACAAAACAAAACAAAGAAAUUAAUGUAAUGAACGAUUAAAAUCAUAAUUUACUCGACUACCCAAAGUACAAAUAUAAGAUGGGGAAAAAGAAAAUCAAUUAAUGAUGCUAUUUUCCGAGAAAACCAAGCAUAAGGAAAGAAAGAAACGACGCCGGUUUACCUUCAGAAAACGUAUCCCACUGACCAUGCUUUUAAAACGACUUCGUUGUCCGCUGCUAGAAAAUGCUCUCAGCUCUCAUCUCCUUCUCCUAUCAGUAUUUCAGUCUCUCAGUUGUCCACUGCGCAAUCGACUGUAUCUAAUAUGUGGGGAUUAUCUAAAAACCCAUCUCAGCUUUUGAACAAGCAUAAGCAGGAAAGAGAAGGAGGAUUAACAGAAAGUUUCAGGCUAGAAAACUUUAUCCCUGGCCUUGUUAUUGGUUUCAUUUUCGGGUUGUUUCUGGAUUUAACAAAUCCCAUAAAAAAUUCUUUCAAGAAGAAGAAUUUCUCUGGAAAGUCACAGCAACAAAGUUUGGUCUCUUACAAUGGUGAUCCAGAGCUUAAAAUGGUUCUCGUAGUCAGACAAGACCUGAAGAUGGGUGCCGGAAAGAUUGCAUCUCAAUGCGCCCAUGCAGCCACUGGCAUGUAUUCAGAGCUGAUGCAAAGCCAACAGUUACUUUUGAGUAGAUGGGAGCAAUGUGGACAGCCCAAAAUAGUUGUUACAUGCAGGAAUCAACAAGAAAUGAAUAAACUUCAGGAAGCAGCUGAUAGCAUUGGCCUCCCAACCUUUGUUGUUGCAGAUGCUGGACGAACACAGGUUUUGGCUGGAUCGAAAACUGUCCUUGCAAUUGGACCUGGGUCAAAAGCUUCAGUGGAUGCAGUCACUGGGAAGUUGCGCCUGCUUUGACACUGGAGAAGAAUAACAUGAUGUAUUUCAGUUAGAUCUCUCAGGUUAAAUGGCUCAAUUUCUUUGCCAUUCUUUCUUCAUAUUCUCAAAGGGGCGACACAUUUGCUUUAUGGUAGCCUGUGGUGCAUGGUCAAGGUUGACCAGACCAGCCUGCAAGCAAUGGCCAAAAGAUAAAUUUUCCACCAUUUUCAUUGAGAGGAAGCUUGUUUCUAGUUGAAUACUAUGCUCCACAAGGUGACCUGCAGACCCCCCCAUUGUUUUCUGAAAGAAAUGGAGUAAAGUUCACAUGUUAUCUUGUGAUCUCCAUUGCUGUUCUAUUUCUAUGUAUAAUUAUAAUCUAAAGAUUCAGACAUUUAAUUUGAUGUACUGUAUUGUAGCAACUGGAAGGAAAAUAUAUGUAUGAUCCUUCCCGAACUGCAGUUCGGGCUAAAUUACCUUCA